AUGAUUAUAAAUGUUAUGCCAUAUGAACAAAACAGUGUUGACCAAUCAUCAAAUACAACAAUAAAUGAACAGGGACCAAAAGAAAAGGUUGCUCAAGAACUAACAAAAUCAGAACCAACUUUUAGUUUAAACAAUUCAUAUACUAAAAAACCAGAAGAAAAUACACAAGCAAAUAAGAAACAAGAUGAAUUAAUGCCAAUUUCUAAACACCUCUUAGACACAGAAGAUGAAAUAAGCACUUAA